AUGAUGAGAAGCUUUCUUCACGGAUACUCUGACGAGCAGAUCCUGAGCAUCUUCUACGAUGGAGUCAACUGGGACUACAUGAAUGCUUUGAACGCAGCCAGCAAUGGCGAUUUCAUGACGAAGUCCAAGGAAGGUGCAUUCGAGCUGAUCGAGAAUCUUGCAGCGAGCUCGAGCAACAAGAACGCUGAGUACGACAGGACAGUGAGCACUGUAUCUGUCAAAGGAAGCAGUGCUGACGCGAAGAAGAUUGAGGAGCUCACUGCGAAGAAACCAUCCGAACAUGUCCUACAGGAGCACCAACGUCGAGAACCCUCAGGAUCAGUCUAUCCGCCUCGAUCGAACCAGAACCAGCAGAGUUAUCAGAAGAGCUAUCCUAACAGCUUCCAGGAGAAGACCUUUGCCCCAAACCAGAACCGUUCUCAAGGUGGUAACCAACAGAAGGCGCAGUUCAGCAAUCAGCAACAACCUUCAGGUUCAUCGAACAACUCGAACGAUGAGCUUAAGGGUAUGAUGCAGCAGAUGUUGAUGAACCAGCAGAAGUCCACUGCGGAGACACACUUGAAGAUAGACACCAUGUACAACGAUCUGAAUGGGAAGUACGAGGCUGUGUGGACUCAUGUGAAGAAGCUAGAUGUCCAAGUCGCUCAAACCGCUGAAGCUGUGAAGAGACCUCAUGGAACCCUUCCUGGGAAAGGAGAGAAAAAUCCCAGGAAUGAGUAUGUUGCACAAGACCCCGUAGCUGACCUACCUGCUCCUGCAGCUGCAGAGACUGCUCCAGCCAGAGCUUACACACCUAAGGUGCCUUACCCAGUUCCGCGGAAAAAGUCCAGAAAAGACUUGGAGGAUGCAAAGUGUAAGGAGAUGUUGAAGGACUUGACUGUGAAGCUGCCUCUGUCUGAUGCUGUUCAGAUGAUUCCUGCUCUGAAGAAGUACAUGAAGGAGCUGAUAUCUGGGAAAAGUAGCUGA